CCGAUAUUCUAUUGGACCCAAUACAAAGGUUGACCCAAAACCCUUACAAAGGGUUUUGUUAGCGUGUUGAUCUGCGUCUGCUCCUUUUUCGUAUAGUCACUCAAUUAUGGACGCUGCCAAUGGACACUACAAAUCUCUGAUGGAGCUUGAUCAGGAGAUUGUUAAGUUGUUCGGUGAUCUGGCUACUGCUAUGGAGGAAAAGGAAAAGCUCCAGCAGCAGUUGGAAUCAGGGUCGUCCAAUGAAGCUGCAGGUACCCAGGUCAAGCUUGAUCACUGCCGGGUGCAGAUAAAAUCUAUCGUCGCUGAAAUCGGGCCUAAACUGCAGAACUUCGAUGAAGUCAAUAAUGAAAUCGCCACCUGCCUUGUCAAACGGAAGGAAGAGCUCAGCGAAAUGGCGAAGAUUAAUGAUGAGUUCUGCAAUGUGAGCAUUUAGGAUAAGGCUUCAGCAUGCAAGUUGAUGGUUGUUCUAUUAAAACAAUGUGAGGAAGAAGAAGAAGAAUAAAGCUUCAGGGGGCAAGCUGAUGGUUGUACUGUUAAACAAUGUUCAGAUAGACCAGGGUGUGGACUGAGUUUUUUUUCUGGUUGUUUGUUCUUGGAUGGUAGAAUGUUUUGAGUUUGAAGUUGGCCAAACAUUGUACUCUGACGUUUGAGUCUAUGAAUAAAUGGUUUAUGGAUGACCUAGUUAGCUGUGGUUGGCUCAUUCCGUUGAGCUCUACUGCCUGCAAAUGUUAUUGUUUUUGCAAGCAAAAUCUGGGGGUUUGUAGAAUCGGACUACUUCUGUUUGAGAUCAGUGCUUUGUAUCAGUAAUUGAAUAUGUAGUAGGUUACUAGAAAAUAUCAAAUUCGACAUGAUCACAACAUCGAAACUAAUUUAGACCUUUUUUUUUUAAGAGGAAACCGAUAACUUUACUCCAUUGAGAUCAAUCAGAAAUGGCCUCAAGAGGCCACACUACAUCCGCAAUUACAGCAGUUAAAUCAUCACUUCAGAUAAUCCACCAGCCUUUUACAGUCCGAAUAGGGGCUCGAUUUUCCUUUCCACGGCAAUUGUAAGUCCCAAUCAGCAUCUGCAAUUUCAGGGCUCCACCUCUGGUCUUCCGUCCUGCUCGCUCGCAGCAACAACAAUUGAGCCAUUCCAAUCUCUCAUCACACAUCCUAACCCAGUUUUCCGAUUUUCGAGGGUACCGGCAUCAGUAUUGAUCUUGUAGACUCCAUCUUGUGGCCUUCCCCAUCUGCAGUCCCUUCCUCCUUCCACUAAUAUUUCUUGGCAGCUGAUCCUUUCCCUUGCACUUGUACAUAAUCCCGAAUGAAGUUCUCUGCUUUUG